GGAUCAUGGCGACAUUCAGUUAGUUUUGCUUUGCAUUAGAUUGAUUGAAUCGUUCCUUAAAACAGUGUAAAUGGGGUUAGUUUCAAAAAGGUUUCGUUCUAACUUGAGUGGACUUGUGUUUAGUUGUUUACGAUUUUAUUCUACUAAUUGUGUCUUUUUUAAAACUGUUUAAAGACCGUUUUUCUUUCUAACAAUCAUUAUCUCAUUCAGAAUUUUUUGUUAUGUUAUAAGUAUUUAUAGAUAGUCCUAUAUACAGUAUGCAGAUUACUUGUGACUGUCUUAACAUCAUUAUAUCUUCUUCAGCUACGGAUUUUUCUUCUGAUGAAACAUCCAGAGAUUGUUUUCCAAAUUACAGUUUUUUCAAAGAGGAUGUCGCACUUCUCUGUUUAUGUUUAGUUACUGUUCGAGUGCCAAGUUUAGUCAAAGAGAGAGUUAUUGGAGAUUGGAAAGUAGUCAGUUGUCUGAACUGUGGGCAAGCAUGUUACAGCACCAGCGAUAAUCUUGCAUUUAAUUCUGUGAUUGUGAAAAGAAAUCUUGAGAAAGAAAUAAGUCAGGUAAAUGCUCUGAAACAAAGUGACAUUUACUCCCCUGUUUUCAAUGUUCUACUUUACGAUGACAUAUCAUUGGAAAGUGAUUUUGAUUUAAAAGUGUCCUUGUAUCCUGCUGCCCUUACAUGGCUUAGUGAACAGACAUCAAAAACUGAAGAAAGAAUAAAAAUCUUUACUGAAAAAGAAUAUGCUGUAUUAGACACCAUGAGAAGAAGAGCAUACAGAGAUCAAAUAGCAAUCUUAAGAAAAGAAAAAGAUCUUUUAAAAGAAAAAAGUAGAAAGGACUCCUUUGAAGAGCUUUCUGAAUCUUUGAAAUUGACUUCUUUAUCUGAAUCAUUCAAAAAGUCUACAGAUCAGUUAUUCAGUGAUGAUCCUUCAAUGGACUCAGAAGGUGUAUUUCUUUUAGAAGAGUAUGAAAGUAAAGAUGAUGAUAAGAAAUUAAAUGAAUCUGAUUUCGAAGAUUCUGAUAAUGAAAAUGAUAGUUACAUUUCUCGUAAGCAAGGAAUUUCUCAGCUUGCAAAAUCUCUACCAAUACCAGUUCCUCAGUUCAUGGAAGACAGGCGUCCAAAUGAUCCAGAACGUGGAUCUCCUGAAGUUCCUUCUGAUAUAGCAGCUAGUAUCAAAGCUUUGGCUAAGAGUGUGCAUGGAGAUGCAAUAUUUGGAGAAUUACCAAGGCCACGAUUUAGUACUCAUCUGUAAUUUUGGUGAUUAAAUUUAUUUGUUUUAAGGUUUCGAUGCAACAAUACUGGUAGUCAUCGAAUUUUUAUGAUGCCUAAAGUAUUUUGGAGGAGCUAUAUGCAAAGAAAUGAAUGUUUCAAUUUCGGGCAAAUUUUUAUUGCAGAAAAAUAUUGACUGACAUAUUUUAUAUGUUACAUAAUCAGUUACAUAUUAUAUAAACAUUGAAAUUAAAAUGUGAAUGGAUAAGCAA